AAGAGUUAUGUCCCUUAGACUUAACACGGCAGCCGACAUCUCUGACAACUUUACAGUGUGAAAACAUGAUAAGCAGAACAUGUGUACUAACGCUUCAAAGAAUUGAUCUUAAUUUACAGUAAAAAUUAUGACGUUAUCUUAUUGACCGUCAACAUCCGAGUGCAUAGGAUUUCUGAUCGGAAAGAGAGUCGUUCUUGACCGAAUCUCGUACCAGGAAGUUGACAUAGUGACACACCUAAUCGCUUGGUCGUUGUGAUUGGCUCUCUCUCCGGAGAAUUGUUUUCCUCAUAGGGCUAAAUUACACGUUUCAGCGAAUCCAGUUGUGUUAAUCUCUCACCCGAAUUCCUAUCGCCAAUACCUGACGCUGACCGGGAACCAUCAGCUGAACUACGGGUACACGCGGCCUCGGCGGGGUGGCCCCAACCGUACAGUAUUCAUGACCAAUAGAAUGGUAUACCCCAAGGAUGAAAUCAUGUAUGCAAGAAGUGACUGUGAAGCUAUGGACGAGGCUGGCAUUCUGAACGGGAUCAAAAUUGAGAUCCUGAGAGAAAAGCGUGUGCAGUUGGUAGACUCCCUCAACCCAGAACGCCAUUUUGAUUUCCUGCGUUCACGAUGCGUCCUGUCGGGGGAAGAUUGUGAGGAAAUUAACCACAAUGUGACGCGACGGCAGAAGGCCAGCGCCAUGCUGGAUAAGCUGCUUGACCACGGGGGCAACGCGUACGACCGUCUGUGCGAGAGUCUUUUAAGGGAGAGAACUCAGAUGUUCCUGCUCAAAUCCCUUAACAUGGAGUACGAGAACAAGAUGAACAACUGUAAAGCACUGUUCCAAGCCAGUGUGAACAGAUCCACCAGCCUGAAGCUGGCCGUGGACACGGAUACCCUGCCACGCCCUCCCCCACCCAUCCUCGCCAGCACGAAGCAGUGGAGUAUAUCAGAUGAUUCAACUGCAUGAACUCCAGGCAUUGGACUGGGACGACACCUUUACACAGACUGUUAAACGGUAGUCUGUCAAGACUAUUUGCUGGCAUCUGCGGUUCCUUUGCAUUUGGUUAUUGAGGAUAUUUAUCUCAGAAAGCCAAUGACUGCCUCGCGAAGUGAUUUUGGCAACCCUGGACUCCAUAAAUAAUCGAGUCUUGACAAUCCAGUGAUCAACAACAUGAGCAUCGAUCUACGCAAUUGGGAUACGAUGUGUCAACCAAGUAAGCGCGCCUGACCACCCGAUCUCGUUAGUCGCCUCUUAGAACAAGCAUGGGUUGCUGAAGACCGAUUCUAGCCCGGAUGUUCCCGGAGUAGUUGUAUGGUUACAGGGGGAGUGAUGUCAAACAUGCAUGAGAAACAAAAAGUUUUACUUUCACAUCCAGCCGAUUUUCUCAUGUUGCACUUAGAAAGUCAUGACUUAUACUGUCUCAGACAUAUCGGUAGUCAAAUCUGGCGCCAAUAAUGGCUCUUGACCAAUGAGCGAUCUUCAUUUGAUCGUGUGGCGUGAAGUCGGACAAUUUGCGUUGAUCUGAAUUUGAAACGCUGGGGGCAUCUUACCCAUGUCGUGAUCAAGGUGAGGUGGGGCGAAAUUGGGUUAACGUCGUGUUUGAGAAUAUUUCGCUCAUAUGACGAUGUCGUGAUCAAGGAUUAUGGUCUUAGGAUUUAUCGUUUUAGCUGAUGAAUAAUCAUGGUGCAUGGUUGGACUAUCAUUUUUCUAAUCUACACCUGCUUAACAAAUAAGAGUGUGUGAUAAAAUUUUGUGCUGCAAUAUUUGCGUAUUAAGUAUUUGCAUCAUACAUGAAAAAAAUAUACUUAGUCUUAAUUCCAAACGGAGUUUUAAAUUUUU